UCUCUCUUUUUCUCUCUCUUGUAUGCACAACUGAAGUAGACAACUGCUCUCUCUCUCCAUGCAAAAAAGCCUACUAUAGACAUUCUAAAGUAGACCAGUAUUGGCUUUUGAGUCUCGUUUUGAAAUUUAAAUGCACUUGUUUUGUGGGUUUAGUUUUUGAAUGCUGCUUUGUUUCGUGGGUGUUCUUGUUGUUUUGAGUUCUUAGUUCUUAGAGAGAGAAUGGAGGAAAGUAGCUCUGGUUCAAGGAGGGAUGCAAAGAUUGAAAAGCUGGCCUCUCAGCUUUCCCUUUGUGAUUCAGAGGAUGAUAUUGAAGAAAGCAAAGAUGACCAUUUUGUCCUUGGACCUCUUCUCCCUCUAAAACAACAGUUGGAGCUUGACAAGGAUGAUGAGAGUUUAAGGAGAUGGAAAGAAAAGCUGCUUGGGCAGGUGGACACUAAUUUGAAUGGCCCAACAGAAGCUGAAGUUACGUUCCUAUCACUAGGAAUUAUAUCAGACAAUUGUCCGGAAAUGAAUACUUCUUUAUCAAUCAAUGAGAACCAAAACAAUAUUUCCUUUGUUCUGAAAGAAGGAUCUCGGUAUCAUCUCAACCUUAUAUUCAAAGUUCAAUACAACAUUGUCUCAGGAUUGACCUAUUCCAACACUAUAUGGAAGGGGGGAGUGAGAGUCGAUGAGAGCAAAGGUAUGCUGGGGACUUUUGCACCCCAGCAGGAGCCAUAUACACACACAUUAGAUGAGGAAACGACUCCAUCUGGAGUUCUUGCUCGAGGAGUUUACUCAGCAAAGCUUAAGUUUGAAGAUGAUGAUAAAAGAUGUCACUUGGAACUCGAUUAUUCCUUUGAGAUCAAAAAGAGCUGUUAGCGAGUUGCCACGAACACAUUGUGCCCUUCGUAUUUUGAGGGUUUGCUUUAUUUUGUUAAAUUAUUUUCAGGACACUUUAGGAACUGGUUCCAGUUGGUGGUUGUAUAGGCAACAUAUGCAGGUGUGGCUUGUGUACAAGUUAUUGUUACAGUAAAUUAGCAUCACACUACUUUGUUAAACUUAAAA